GUGAACUUUUUGCUAUGGUUGCGCGAAUAUACCUCUGCUUAUGGCCAGCCAUACCACAGUAGUAGCAUUAUCACACCAAACGCAGUCACUGGCACAUCUUUAUGGAGUUGCCUUUCCACUCCGCCUAUACAAAAAAGUCCAGCCCUGAUCAUUGGAAAUGAAUAACGAAGCAACUAUAGAGGGCGUUCAAGACGGGUCUACGGCUUCGAAACCCGCCUAUUCGGACUUCUCUAGCGAUCCAAGAUGCACAAUGAACGAACAGUCUGGAAAGUGGAAUUAUGUCGGCGACGAUGGCGUGUCUUAUGAAUAUGACGAAACGAUCGGUGCUUGGUUUCCAAUGUUCGACGAAAGCCUUGUAGAAGCACAGCAGUCGGCUUAUGCUGUCGAAGGCGUGGAUAUAUCGGAACCGGCAGUCACGCCAAGCAGAAAGAAGAAGGUUUAUACAUCUAACGAAGAUGAUCAUCCUAACAAAAAGCAAAAACGUGAUGUAAAGCCCAAACCAGUCAAAGCCAUCUAUGUGACUGGAAUACCAUUGGAUACAACAGUAGAUGAAGUUAAAGAAGUGUUUUCGAAAUGUGGUGUUAUCAUGGAAGAUAUAGCCACUGGAGAACCCAAAAUCAAAUUAUACAAAGAUGAAGGUGGAGCUUUGAAGGGAGAUGCUUUGAUUACAUUUUUCAAAGAGGAUUCCGUUCCACUGGCUAUUAAUUUACUGGAUGAUGCAGAGUUUCGACUUGGUGAUGCAGCAAGCAAGAUUCGUGUGCAACAGGCUGAAUUUAAGGAAAGAGACCCAUCAGCCAUUACCCAGAACAAAAAGUCAACUAUGGAGAAGAUGAAAGCUAGGAAGAAACUACAUCAAUUGCAGAGAAAAUUAGACUGGGUUGAUGAUGAAGUAGGCAAGAAGAACGAAAAGUUCCGCAAGAUUAUCAUCCUAAAGAAUAUGUAUACGCAACAGGAACUUGAUGAUGACCCGGCGUUACUUUUGGAACUGAAAGAUGAUGUACGAGAAGAAUGUGAAAGACUAGGAGAGGUCACAAAUGUUAUUAUGUACGAUAAAUCCCCGGGCGGCAUUAUAUCCGUUCGAUUCAAGGAACCUGAGAGUGCUGAGGCAUGCAUAAAGCUUAUGGACAAGCGAUACUUUGCUGGCAAGCAAAUCAGCGCUGAGAUUUAUGAUGGAACGACUAAAUAUCAAAAGAGUGGAUCUAAUGAUGCAGAGGACGACGAAGCAGAAAAGGCUCGUCUUGAGAAGUACGCAAAAUGGUUGGAGUCACAGGAAGAAGAUAUCGAAGAAAAUAAUAGAGAAAGGGCAGAAAGAUUGGCUACGAAGUCGUAGUUGGAGCCAAAAUCUUAAGAGCCAAGCCACAUUCCAACCUCACUGUAAAACGAGAGCAUGCAUUCGCAAUUCAAUAAAUCCUACUACGAACCAGACCCACUUAAAUAAUACAAUAUGUCUGACUCUGAGAAAGGAAUCGAAAAGAAGGAAGGAGGUUCAGAACACAUCAACCUCAAAGUUGUUGGCAAUGACCACAACGAAGUUUUCUUCAAGAUUAAGCGCUCCACU